AAUAUUUCUAGUUUAGAUAUUUCAUAAAUAAUUAUAGUGUGUAAAGGAAUUUAAUGCUAUGGCUUAAAAUUUCAUCGUUAUUAAUAUCGAAAAAAGCGUAUUUAAAUUUCUCCUUCCCAGUCCAUUUUGCAGUAAAUAAAAUGAACCUUUUAGCAUCAGUUCUAUUAGGGACAGUUGGAUCAUCAAUUAUAUCAAUUCUUCCGUUGUGUUAUCUAUUAUUUUUGGACAAUGUAAACUGUUUGGACGCGAAUACAUUAACUGACAAUGGGAAAGAAUUGGUUUACAAGAGGCAAAUUGAAGAGAAUAGCUUAGAACUUACUUCGGUUGAAAAAUUUGUGCACAAAUUAGAAAUAUGGAGAGAACUACACCCAGCUAAAGGACGUAAACGCCGUCAUGUAAACAAAUUUGAAAGUAGACCUAGCAACCCAUUACUGAACACAGGAGAUGGUAACAUUUUGGACAAAGACGACAAGACCAAAGGGUUUCAAAAAUUCGGCGAGAAAGAAGCUCUUAUAGAAAAAAUGAAAAAAAGAAAGAGAAAACCCGUUGGAUCAAGAAAACCACUUCCCCAAAGUCUUCUUAAAAUAUGACUUCUGAUUUGUUAUUUGAUGCUUUCUUACUUAAUAAAAUUUGGGUUUUAGAUUGUUCA